UUCCGAUUUACAUUUUCAAAAAUCGGGGCAUGGCGUUGGCAAUUAGAGUAGUUCUUUUAAUAAUCAGUUUGGUGGUUCUUGAUCAACAUAAAGGAGAUGCUCAAGAAUUACUAAAGCUUCAAAAACCAGGAUUGAUGAAAUGCAAAUUUAAUAAAAUUUAUCAGUUGGGUGACUCACUUUCUGAUACUGGCAAUUGCAUCAGAGAGAGCCAUUGUGGAGCUAAUUCUGCAUGUACAAGACUUCCUUAUGGGAUGAACUUUUUCCAGAAAGCAACUGGACGUUGUUCUAAUGGCAUGCUCAUCAUUGAUUUCAUAGCACUGGAAUCAGGUCUUCCUCUCCUAAAUCCUUACAAGCUUCGAAGUGCAAAGUUUAGACAUGGUGCAAAUUUUGCAGUAGCAGGAGCUACUGCUUUACCAGCUGAAAUCAUGGCAGAGAAGAAGAUUAUUAAUUCAGCAACCAAUAGUUCAUUAAACGUGCAACUUGAUUGGAUGUCUUCCCAUUUUGAAACCACCUGCUCUCCUGAUUGCCCAGCAAAAUUGAAAAAGUCUCUUUUCCUAGUUGGAGAAAUAGGAGGAAAUGAAUUCAACUAUGGCUUAUCUCAAGGUAAAACCAUGGACGAGUUGCGAAGAAUGGUGCCAGAUGUUGUUCACACCAUCAUUCAUGGUGUUAGAAGAGUCAUUGGUUUUGGGGCUACCCGAAUUAUAGUUCCAGGCAAUUUCCCAAUAGGUUGUCACCCAAUUAUCCUAACGAAAUUCAUGACCGACAACUCAACUGCCUACGAUGAGUACCACUGCUUGACAGAUUUAAAUAAGUUUGCAAUAUUCUACAAUCGUCAUUUGCAACAAGCUAUUGAUGAGCUGAAGAAAGAGCAUCCAAACAUUACACUCAUUUAUGGCGACUACUACAACGCCUAUUUGUGGCUUCUACAAAAUGCUGUCACUCUUGGAUUCGACAAAAACUCUCUGCAAAAAGCAUGUUGUGGAAUAGGCGGAAACUAUAAUUUUGACGUACGUAAAAAAUGUGGAGCUCCAGGAGUUCAAGUGUGUGCUGACCCUAAUACAUACAUCAGUUGGGAUGGAGUUCAUUUGACACAAAAAGCAUACAGUUGGUUGGCAAGAUGGCUAAUUCAUGACAUGUUACCCAAGUUGAACUGCCAUGUUUAACUUCAAACUCUUAAUUUCUUUCCAAAGCGAAAAUAUAAUAAAAUCUUUCAGUGAGUCUACUCGAGUAUUCCAAGUGAGUCAAUUGUUUAACUGAUAGAUUUACUUACCAUCCGUUAUACAGAUUUACUUCGUCACAAAGCCAAUAAGGAAUUGCUUCUGAAAAAGUAUUCAUCAUUUAGAACGAGUGCAUGUGCUAACUGGCAACUGCUAACCUCUUGUAGUUUUGACUAUUUUUGUGUUUCAUAAUUUAAGG